UAAAGCUACUUAAAAAUUUAACAUAAGUAAUAUGAGAAUACUUAGUGGAAAAAUUUUUCGAACAAACAUUUAAGCAUUUAAAAUACUUACAAAUUUUGGUGGACACAAAUAAUAAUAGAAUUGUAUGAUAGAAAUGAGUAAGUAUCUUUAUAGAUAAAAGUUUCUAAAAGAUGCACCUUGCUGGAGAAGUAAGUUCUACAACAAGUCAUUUGGACCGUAACUACGAAAAUCUCACGGCUGAGAUCCUGGCGGAAAGGACCCUGGAAGGUUUAUUAUCUGAACAUCCUGGUGAAUUGAUGCGGACGGGAAGCCCCCACGUGGUGUGCACGGUUCUGCCUCCUCAUUGGAGGUCCAACAAAACGUUGCCGGUCGCGUUUAAAGUAGUGGCCCUCGGUGAAGUGAAUGACGGGACAUUGGUAACCGUGAAAGCGGGAAACGAUGAAAAUUUUUGUGCCGAGUUAAGGAAUUCCACGGCAGUGAUGAAAAAUCAAGUUGCCAAAUUCAAUGAUCUCAGAUUUGUAGGAAGAAGUGGAAGAGGAAAGAGCUUCACCCUCACGAUAAUCAUGUCGACAUCACCCCCUCAAGUUGCAACGUACAAUAAAGCAAUAAAAGUGACCGUUGAUGGGCCAAGGGAGCCGCGAUCGAAGACGCGAAUACAGGGCUUUCAUCAUUUUCCCUUUGGACCUAAGCCCUUCCCGCCAGAUCCCCUUACAGGAGGAUUACCGUUUAAACUUGGAGGACUUGCCAGCCAUUUAGCUGGUUUCCCUGGACCUCAUCCAGAUUGGGCAGCGCUUGCGGGUAUUCACCAGUAUCAUACAGGUCCAUUCUUGCCACAUCACCAUCCUCAUUUUCCGCAACAAAUGUUUGCAGCAGCUUUAGACAAUCGGUCGCAUAAUUCAUCUCCAAGAAUUUCAAAUGAUCCCAGUUCGUCCCUUGGUCCAAUUUCUAUCAAUUGUAACGGGACAACUACAUCACCUAAAUCGUCGCCGGUUCACCCUGGCCUACUGACAACUGCAAGGACAUCAUCCCCUGAAGACAACAUUUCCGUAACAGGGUCUCCCCUUUCCUCUCCUCGCACAGCCCCUGCAUUCCCUGGAGUCCUUCCGUCUUCCGCCCUUCCUAACAACCACCUUUUCAGUAACGCUUUAGCAGCCAGUCUAUUUCUGAACACGCCAAUGCUUCCGCCCCCUGGUCAAUGGUUAUAUUCCCAAUUUUAUACCCCAGAUUGGCCCUGGAUUCAACUUCGUCAUCAAUCGCUUUUUACUGCAAAUACAUCAGCAAGAAGCAAUUCACCUCAGGAUGUAAAAAGUUUGCCGAAUCCAGACAGUUCGGGUAUUCAUUUAGACGUAACAGAAGAGGAAAAUAGAAAAAGGGAAAACAACGGAAGUGAAGUGGACGUAGAGCAUGUUGAGAGAGUCGAAAACAACAAUGAAGACGAAGACGAUGGCACCAUCUUACGAAUAGGAAAGAAGGCAAAUGUGACUUUAGUGAGACAGAGGAACGAGAAGGAUUCAGGUAGUGCUUCACUUCUUAAAGUAUCAAAGGGCAGUGGGGCUAGGCAGACUGACGUUUGGAGACCUUACUAGUGUAUAUUUAUUAAAAAGUGUGAUGUUGUAUGUUUAACGACAAGUUGUUAUGCCCAUUGUUGUAUGAACACGUUUAAUACUGGAACAACCUGCACUACCAAGUGAAAAUAUUCGUAUCGACGAAACACUAAACUCUUGCAACAAGUUCAGGCACACAAGGUUAUCGUAUACAAAGGUAUUUUUAUGUUAAGUUUGACUAUCUAUUUUUCUGGUUCGCACUUUAAAGAUUAAAAUUGGACUUAGAUACUAUUUGUGACCUCUGUUUAACAAUUUUUCGAUGUUUCACUU